GUCACUGAGUUUUCCUCCUAUGCUGACAAAUGAAAGAAUGUUCUGCUCUGAGCACAGGUAACUCCUUCCCUACAAUGGGUUAAUGUUCAGAGUUUUCUUAUUUGUCAGAAGCUUGUAGUACAGCUAUUUAGAUUGAGGAAGAAGUCUUAAGAAGCAUUUUACAGAUGACACACAGGAUAAGGAGAGGGCUUUGUAUCGGAGAGGGGAGCUUUUAAACGUGGAAUAUGACCCCUAGAAAUGGCUGCAUUCUAUAUGGGAUAACACUAAUAUUUCUCGUAAUUUCUGGUAAGUCGUUUUAUUUUUGUCAAAUGUUUAAUAGAUUGUAAGCUGGUUUGAGCAAGGCUUUUUCUACCUCUUGUCUUGUUAUAUUCACCAUGUAAAUUACUUGUUAAAUAUCCCCAAUCUAUAAUUGUAAAGCGUUACAGAAUAUUACAGAAUAGUUGGCAUUUUAGUGAACAACCCUGAGGGUACUUUUUAGACAUUACUAUAAAAAUGACUUAUAUAUUUAUUUAUUUAUAAAAAUUUUAUCAGGAAAGAUACAUUGAGAUUUCUCUCAUUUUCAAGUAUGCCCUGGGUCCACAAAUCAUUGCAUUGAUACAAUACGGUACAAUAAAAUACAAAAACAAUAUUAAUACACAAUGUAUACAAAUUUUAACAUAGAACAGUUAGGAAAUAUAUAAUCAAUAUUUAGUUAUUUUAGCAUUUCACAGUGGUGGGUCCUGUAAUUACAUUGUAGCACAAAUCGGCAGAACGAGUUAUACAAUAUAUUGAGUUUAUUAAUGUGGGAUUGCGGUGCAGGUGCAUAUACUACAUCCCCAUAAUCAAUGAUUGGCAUCAGCAUUUGCUGUACAAUCCUUUCCUUUACUGUAGGGCUUAGGCAGGAUUUGUUUCUGUACAGGGCAUCUGGUUUUGGAUAAAGUUUAGAUGCAAGCUUUUCUAUGUGGAGGCCAAAAGAUAGAUUGGGGUCUAACAACAUACUCAGGUAUUUGAAAGACUGCGGUCAGUGUGCCAUUUAAAUUUGUUUUGAUGGAUAGGAAUUGUGUAAUUUGUGUAAUUUAGGUACUGUUCCAAAGAUCAUUGUGACAGUUUUGUCAGUGUUCAGGAAGAGUUUGUUUUUUGCGAUCUACUUUUCUAUCUCUGUAAACUGGUCUUCGAGCACAGCCUCAAGCUGCGGUAUAUCAGAUUUGCUUGCAUAGAUUACUGUGUCGUCUGCGUACAUGUGUACAUUUGAGGAUUUGCAAACAUUAGGCAGAUCAUUUAGAAAUAAUGUAAAUAGUAGGGGGCCGAGAAUGGAACCUUGGGGAACACCACACAUGACUUGGAGAGGGAGGGAGUCGCUGUCAGAAAUGGACACAUAUUGCAAGCGAACCGAUACAUACGAUCGAAACCAGGUUAGCGAACAAUCACCAACACCUGAGGUUUUGAAUUUGUGCAGUAGAAUGUCGUGGUCUACUGUGUCAAAUGCCUUUGCAAAAUCAACAAAAAUAUCUCCAGUUAGGUCUCCUUGUUCCAUGCCAGUUUGGAUGUCAUUGGAAACUUUUAAGAGAGCAGUUGUAGUGGAGUGAUUCUGGCGAAAGUCCGAUUGAUCAGGGGUCAGAUAGUUUGAUUGUUCGUAAUACUCACAUAGUUGCGCAUGAAUGCAUUUUUCUAAGAUUUUUGACAAUACUGGGAGCAAUGAUAUUGGGCGAUAGUUAGAAACCAAAGUAGUGUCACCACUUUUAUGGAUAGACACUACUCUCGCAGUCUUCCAAAGUUUGGUUAUGUAUCCAGACACCAAGGAUUCGUUAAUUAGGGUUGUGACAGGUUUAGCAUUUGCCGGCGCACUGAGCUUCAACAGCAUUGCUGGGAUUUGAUCAGGUCCAGACUGGUUUUUCAUUUUUAGAUUAUUAAGAUGUUUUUUAAUGACACUAACAGGUACAGGUCUAAAAAUGAACUUGUCUAUAUUGGGCCUUUGCAAAUUUAGUGGGGCCUGAUCCACAUUAGUAGUUUCAGGAUGCGUGUCAUUUAUUAACUUGGCAAUCAGGGCAGUAGAGCAUACGACAAAAUAAUUGUUAAAGGCAUUUGCUACAUCUAAGGGAAGUUGCAGGGUUUGGUUAUCCAUUUUAACAGUGGAGGGUUGGGAGUGGAUUGGGGGAGUUUGUAAUUUAUUUAUGAAAGUUUCUAGGAUUUGAUAGGUUAUUGUUCAGAUUUUCACAGAAAUAUUAUGCCUUGGCCAAUUUUACAUAGUUACAUAGUUACAUAGUUACAUAGCUGAAAAGAGGCUUGCGUCCAUCAAGUUCAGCCUUUCUCACAAAUGUUGUUGCUGUUGAUCCAAAAAAAGGCAAAAAACCUGGUCUGAAGCGCUUCCAAUUUUGCCACAAACUAGGAAACAAUUCCUUCUUGACCCCAAAAUAGCAGUCAGAUGUCUCCUUGGAUCAAGCAGCUAUUACCCCACUAAUUAGAAAUUAUAUCCCUGUAUGUAUCCAAUUUCAGUUUAAACAUCUGUAUGGACUCUGACAAAACCACCUCUUCAGGCAGAGAAUUCCAUAUCCUAAUUGUUCUUACUGUAAAAAAACCUUUUCUUUGCCUUAGAUGAAAUCUUCUUUCUUCCAGCCUAAAUGUGUGACCUCGUGUCCUAUGUAUAGCCCUGUCUAUGAAUAGAUUUCCAGAUAAAGGUUUGUACUGGCACCGAAUAUAUUUGUAUAAAGUUAUCAUAUCCCCUCUCAGGCGCCGUUUUUCCAAACUAAAAAGAUUAAAUUUUUUUAACCUUUCUUGGUCUUACCAGCGAUUUAUAAAGAGGCAAAAUUAUAUUUUCAUCCCGAGAAUUUAUGCCCCUAUUUAUACAUGUUAAAAUCUUACUGGCCUUUGCAACUGCAGAUUGACAUUGCAUAUUGCUGCCUAAUUUGUUGUCUAUAACAAUUCCCAAAUCCUUCUCGUGUGUGGUUAUCCCUAAUUCACUACCAUUUAGUGUGUAAGUUGCUUGUGCAUUCUUAACCCCGAAGUGCAUAACUUUGCAUUUCUCUAUGUUAAAUUGCAUCUGCCAUUUUAGUGCCCAGUCCCCCAAUCUAUCCAAAUCUCACUGCAGCAAAGCAAUAUCCUGCUCACAUUUUAUUACUUUACAAAGUUUUGUGUCAUCUGCAAACACUGAUACAUGGCUUUCAAUGCCUAUUUCAAGAUCAUUUAUAAGUAUGUUAAAUAGAAGUGGUCUCAAAAAAGAACCCUGAGGGACAGCACUUACCACUUUUGUCCAGCCUGAAAAUUUACUAUUAAUUACAACUCGUUGUACUCUAUCCUUAAGCCAAUGUUCUACCCAAGAACAAGAAUAUUCAUCUAGACCAAUUUCUUUUAGUUUGAAGACUAACCUAUUGUGAGGAACCGUAUCAAAUGCCUUGUCAAAAUCCAAGUAGAUCACAUCCACUGCAACACCCUGAUCUAUACUUCUACUUACUUCUUCGUAGAUUGCAAUUAGGUUAGUUUGACAUGACCUAUGUUUCAUAAAACCAUGCUGAUUAUUGCUAAUAACAAAGUUCCUCCAAUCCUCCGGUACAACCCCUGAAACAAAAGAAUCUUGAAAAAUUAAAUACAGAGAUUCACUUAUUUCCCCACUUAGCUCCUUAAGUACUCGUGGGUGAAUACCGUCAGGCCCUGGAGCUUUAUUUACAUUAAUUUUCUUUAAUAGCUGUAGCACCUUGUCUCGAGUUAUCCAAUCACAAGUUAUUUGCAAGUUUUUUGCAGCAAUCAUUUCCAUAUCUCUUGCCAGAGGAUUCUCAUUAAUAUAUACCGAAGAGAAAUAGUUAUUUAAAAUUUCUGCUUUUUCCUGGUCUUCAUUAGCUAAUAAACCCAACUCUGUUUCAAGUGUACCUAGACUUUCAUUGUUCAUUUUGUUUGUUUUGUGCAUAUAUUUCAUCAUUGUCUAUAUGCACAGUGUUCGUUCAUAGAGCCAGUAUGCUUGAACUUUGACCACAAUGAAUCCCGAAACUGGUAAAUUUGGAUGAGGUCAGCUGUGAUCCAGUUCAUAUGUGCUCCUUUUACUCUCGCCUUACGCAGCAAAGCAUGCCACUUGUCACUGCGCUUAGUUGUACCCAAUUAACCAAUAGUUAAAGUUAAAUAUUGCAUUAAUGUUAAUGUUUAUGAGUAGUAAAUACUGUACUUUUAGCCACGCACCAUCUCCAUAUACAAUCAUUAAUGCAUGGAAAAUUCAUGUUUUGGGCUUGAAAAAUGAACGCUGAUUCUUUUAAUUUAUUAAUGCAUUAGGCAUCAUCAUCUAGGUUUAACAGUGAUCAACAGUUAACAGUGGAGCACAAUCCCUGCUGCUUUAGCGUUGAAUACUACGACAUGGAACCAAUAGAUCCAGCAUUGAAUACUACGACAUAGAGCCAAUAGAUCCAGCCCUGAAUACUAUGACAUGGAACCAAUAGAUCCAGCAUUGAAUACUACGAUAUAGAGCCAAUAGAUCCAGCGCUGAAUACUAUGACAUAGAACCAAUAGAUCCAGCCCUGAAUACUAUGACAUAGAACCAAUAGAUCCAGCCCUGAAUACUACGACAUGGAACCAAUAGAUCCAGCGCUGAAUACUACGACAUAGAGCCAAUAGACCAAGCCCUGAAUACUACGACAUGGAACCAAUAGACCCAGCGUUGAAUACUACGAUAUAGAGCCAAUAGAUCCAGCGCUGAAUACUAUGACAUAGAACCAAUAGAUCCAGCCCUGAAUACUACGACAUGGAACCAAUAGAUCCAGCGCUGAAUACUACGACAUGGAACCAAUAGAUCCAGCGCUGAAUACGACGACAUGGAACCAAUAUAUCCAGCCCUGAAUACUACGACAUAGAGCCAAUAGAUCCAGUGCUGAAUACUACGACAUGGAACUAAUAGAUCCAGCGUUGAAUACUACGACAUAGAGCCAAUAGAUCCAGCGCUGAAUACUAUGACAUAGAGCCAAUAGAUCCAGCGCUGAAUACUAUGACAUAGAACCAACAGAUCAAGCGCUGAAUACUACAACAUGGAACCAAUAGAUCCAGCGCUGAAUACUACGACAUGGAACCAAUAGAUCCAGCGCUGAAUACUACAAAUAGAGCCAAUAGAUCCAGCGCUGAAUACUACGACAUGGAACCAAUAGAUCCAGCGCUGAAUACUACGACAUAGAACUUCAUAUUUAGAACAAGAACAAUGUAUCUUAUUUAGACUGAUUUCUAAACUAAUUUAUUGUAGAUACACUGGUAGUAUAAUUGUCAUGGAGCUCUGUUAUACACUCAGACACAUUACUGGGGGUAUUAUUGCUGUGGAGCUCUGUUAUACACUCAGACACAUUACUGGGAGUAUUAUUGCUGUGGAGCUCUGUUAUACACUCAGACACAUUACUGGGGGUAUUAUUGCUGUGGAGCUCUGUUAUACACUCAGACACAUUACUGGGAGUAUUAUUGCUGUGGAGCUCUGUUAUACACUCAGACACAUUACUGGGAGUAUUAUUGCUGUGGAGCUCUGUUAUACACUCAGACACAUUACUGGGAGUAUUAUUGCUGUGGAGCUCUGUUAUACACUCAGACACAUUACUGGGAGUAUUAUUGCUGUGGAGCUCUGUUAUACACUCAGACACAUUACUGGGAGUAUUAUUGCUGUGGAGCUCUGUUAUACACUCAGACACAUUACUGGGAGUAGAUUGCUGUGGAGCUCUGUUAUACACUCAGACACAUUACUGGGAGUAUUAUUGCUGUGGGGCUCUGUUAUACACUCAGACACAUUACUGGGAGUAUUAUUGCUGUGGAGCUCUGUUAUACACUCAGACACAUUACUGGGGGUAUUAUUGCUGUGGAGCUCUGUUAUACACUCAGACACAUUACUGGGGGUAUUAUUGCUGUGGAGCUCUGUUAUACACUCAGACACAUUACUGGGAGUAUUAUUGCUGUGGAGCUCUGUUAUACACUCAGACACAUUACUGGGAGUAUUAUUGCUGUGGAGCUCUGUUAUACACUCAGACACAUUACUGGGAGUAUUAUUGCUGUGGAGCUCCACUCAGACACAUUACUGGGAGUAUUAUUGCUGUGGAGCUCUGUUAUACACUCAGACACAUUACUGGGAGUAUUAUUGCUGUGGAGCUCUGUUAUACACUCAGACACAUUACUGGGAGUAUUAUUGCUGUGGAGCUCUGUUAUACAUUGAGACACAUUACUGGGAGUAUUAUUGCUGUGGAGCUCUGUUACACAUUCAGACACAUUACUGGGAGUAUUAUCGAUGUGGUGCUCUGUUAUACACUCAGACACAUUACUGGGAGUAUUAUUGCUGUGGAGCUCUGUUAUACACUCAGACACACCAACAAUACAGAGCUCCUAGAAAAGAGGAACAUUAGGAGAGAAAAGAGGGACAGGGAAAUUUGGGCCCAGAAUAGCUACUACACCUGUCAUAAAGGGACAUUUUGUUUUACAAUACAGGGUCAUAUCUUCUGGGUGUUGUAUAGUACCUCAAUUAAUGGCAUAUAAAUUUAAAAUAAAGAGGGUUACGAAGACCAAAAGCAGGGAUGGGAUAUUUUCACAGAACUCUGUAAUGUGUGAGACUGCUAGCAGGUUCAGCCAUGUUCCUGCUUAUAGACUAUAAGGUACAGAUUUGAAACAACAUAAAAAAGUGAAACAGGUUUUAGAUGAGUUGUGGAUAUUCAAGAUACGCUUGUAAAAACUUUUCAAUGAAAAUAAAUUUAGUGACAUAGCUGAAAUAUACGGCAUACCUUUUCUCUGAUAAUAUCUGUAUCUAUUAUGGAUACAAAAAGAACUGCACCUGUAUAGAUUAUAUAUUGUUUAUGAUAAAUUGCUCUUUUGUACAUAUACAAAGGGUGAGGCCAGGCUGCUUAAACAGACAAUGGCAAAAAGAAAAAAAAUAUCACGGUGCUUAACUUUUACUUAGGGUGCCUCUUACACGUGAUCCAUUUACCUAUGUAAAAUCCCAUGAAUUUAAACAGGUAUUGGAUGUCCUUAGUAAAAAAUGCUCCUUCCUGAGAAAAGUUGGGGGUCCUAAACUAAUGAGUUAUUAUUAUGAUUAUCAUUGGUAUUAUUUGGGGUAUUUAUAUAGUGCCUGCUUAUUCUUCAAUGUGAAUUUAACAAAUGAGACAAUAACAAAAUGUUACAGGAAUAAUAAGUAAAUGAGGACCUUGCUCAAACGAGCUUACAGUCUAGAGCAGGUAGUUGUCCAUUUUGUUACACAUUGCCUACAGGUCAAUUCUAAUUUACCAUCUGAAUUAAAUGGAAGGGAUGCUACCUAAUAUCACAACAUAUGGAUUCAAAGCUGACAAAAUCAUAUGAAUAAAGGAAGAACUUACUAAAAACUCAUCUGCAGUAAAAAUCCAAUAACUAUAUUAAAGGAAAACAAUAUCCGGCAACAUAAAAAAAACCUUCAUUGUAUUCAUAGAAACAUAGAAUGUGACGGCAGAUAAGAACCAUUCGGCCCAUCUAGUCUGCCCAAUUCUCUAAAUACUUUCAUUAGUCCCUAGCCUUAUCUUAUAGUUAGGAUAGCCUUAUGCCUAUCCCAUGCAUGCUUAAACUCCUUUACUGUGUUAACCUCUACCACUUCAGCUGGAAGGCUAUUCCAUGCAUCCACUACCCUCUCAGUAAAGUAAUACUUCCUGAUAUUAUUUUAAACCUUUGUCCCUCUAAUUUAAGACUAUGUCCUCUUGUUGUGGUAGUUUUUCUUCUUUUAAAUAUAGUCUCCUCCUUUACUGUGUUGAUUCCCUCUAUGUAUUUAAAUGUUUCUAUCAUAUCCCCCCUGUCUCGUCUUUCCUCCAAGCUAUACAUGUUAAGAUCCUUUAACCUUUCCUGGUAAGUUUUAUCCUGCAAUCCAUGAACCAGUUUAGUAGCCCUUCUCUGAACCUCUCUAAGUAUCAAUAUCCUUCUGGAGAUAUGGUCUCCAGUACUGUGUACAAUACUCCAAGUGAGGUCUCACCAGUGUUCUGUACAAUGGCAUGAGCACUUCUCUAUUCAAAAAAGACCAUGGAAUAAACUAAACAUGUGCAAUUCGUUUAGUUCUGAAUGUAAAUUUGGCUGAAUUUCGGCAAUUCGGACAUUCAGAUGCUUCAGAAUGUCCGAAUUGCUGAAUUUCGGAAGUGCCGAAGUGCUUCAGAUUUCUGAAAAGUGGCAAAACAAGAGAGGGAGGGAAAAUGACACGAAUGAUGACAGGAAUGCUACCCCUAACUCUAGAUGUGUAAGUGGUGGUUAGGGGUACUGGUUAGGGAUUUGGGUUAGGGGUUAGGGUUAGGGGUAGUGUUUAGGGGUAGUGGUUAAGGGUUAGGGGUUAGGGUUGGGGUUAGGGGUUGGGGUAGUGGUUAGGGGUAGUGGUUAGGGGUUAGGGUUGGGGUUGGGGUUAGGGGGUAGGGUUAGGGGUAGUGGGUGGGGGUUAGGGUUAGAGGUAGGGUUGGGGUUAGGGGGAGGUAGGGUUAGGGGUAGUGGGUGGGGUUGGGGUUAGGGGUAGGGUUAGGGGUAGUGGGUGGGGGUUAGGGGUUGGGGUUAGGGGUAGUGGUUAGGGGUAGGGUUAGGGGUUAGUGAAGUCCCAAAGUCCUGAUUUGCUGAGGUCCCGAAUUGCCGAAGUCCCAAAUUUCAUAAGUGCCGAACCAAAUUAAAGAAUAAACUAUAACAUAAAUAAAGAGAUAAAGGAAACGUCUCCUAUAUGUAUAUGUAUCUCAAUGAACCAUUAAUAUAUAUAUAUAUAUAUACUACACAUAAAUGCAAGCAGCCAUCACUGGGUUUGUUUCCAAUGUUGUCGGUAACUUUUACCAACAUUUGAUUACUUAUCAAAACGAGCAUAACAAGUGGCUCUCUCCUAGCUUCAAAAUGUCACCACUAGUAACCGAGAUUAACUGUCAGACAUUACUAUUAACAGUUCCCAUGGACUAUUAUGGGAGUCGAUAACUGCCUGUUUUACCAGCAACUACUAUUCCUCAAAGUGUGUGGUAGAAACAGACAAAAUCAACAAAACAACAAACCUUAUACAGCGUCUCCCUCAAUCAAUAGAAUUAUUAGAAGAAGAAGAAUAACAUUUAAAAACAUGGGGUCUCAAUGGACCUGAAAUGGCCUCUAUCCCACCAUUCACCCCAUUGGCAACAGGAUAACCGGUUGUAAUUGGUGCCAGGAGCUUGGAGAGAAACAAAUAUGGGAGUAGAAACACUUGAGAGAGGAAAGAUGAUAAAUUCUGUUUUGGACAGCGUGAGGAGGUGUCCAGCCAUCCAGUUAGAAAUUGUAGAAAGGUAGUCAGAGACAUGAGUCAAGAUGGACAGUGAAAGAUCACAAGAGGACAGAUACAUUUGCAUGUCAUCUUCAUAGAAGUGAUAUUGGAAGCCAAAAGAGCUGAGCUUAUGUAGUGAUGCAGUAUAGAUUGAAGACAUAACAUUUCUUACUCCACCUUUGUUGUUACAUGAUCAAUAUACAUUACUAUAGCUCUGAACAUUUCUAAUGGACAAAGUAGGACACUUUUGCUUUAGUGGUGGGUAGGAAUGACUGGGGCAGGGCUACUCAGAUAAGUAUUAGGUGACUUACUAAUAACAAUUUAGAAAACUAUAAUAGAAAAGAUUGAAAAGAAAGACAGAAGGUUUUGGGCCUUAGACGGACCGCCUGGCACCCCGACUGGGUACCUCGAUCAAGCUUGCUUCCUAGCUCUCCUCUGGGACACAGGAGUGCUUCAGCCCCUAGCCACUGCAGCUUGGCUGGGGUCUCUCCGUUGCUUCCUGCCCUGGAACAGGGUCCUGGGUACAGCUUCAAGUGAUUAAGCUCUCCUGCAGUGAGUAUAGCUGAUCCACCCAAACACUAGCCCAGACUGAGUUAAGGGUGUAAAGGAACUGGUUUAUCAUUACCAAGUUGCCUGCUUUUAUACACAGCCCGCAGCAUUAGGUAUCCAUUCAAUGCAAGGCAAGCCCCUCCCACAAAUAUUUGUGCCUUGGAGAUAAUUGCGUUAAAGACCGGUAAGAUAAUUAUCUCACAAGAACAGAGAGGCAAACAUAAAAAUAUAAAACCUAAAAAUACCACAAAUAAUACAUUGUUAAAUUGUCCUGAUCUGAGCGUCCAAGUUCUCCAAAUACCGCUCAGAUCCAUGCAGGGUAGGGGAAAUGCCAACGUGGUCCUAUGCCUAAACUAGUUCCAGGGCGUUAGUUGCUUUCGCCAGUCAACUUUAAGGAGCACCUACAUCCAAAAUAGAGGGUGCUAUGGCUGGCUCUUAGGUAGGGUUUGCGCCCCUUAGGCUCAGACACCUUCCCUCCAAAAAGUGCUCUCCUGACGGUUGCAAAGUUGUUCAAAACCCCGGACCAAGUUGUCUGGGAGCUGCUAUGUUUACAUUGAGGGUUAAUCCAGCCUCUAGUGGCUGUCUCACUGACAGCCGCUAGAGACGCUUCCGCGAUUCUCACUGUGAUUUUCACAGUGAGAAGACGCUGAUGUCCAUAGGAAAGCAUUGAGUAAUGUUUGAAUGCGCGUGUCUCUUGCCGUGCAUGCGCAUUCAGAUCUGACGUCGGCAGGGGGUGGUGAGUGCCCCAGCAGAUUGAGCCGGCGCUGGAGAAAGGUAAGUGGCUGAAGGGGUUUUAACCCCUUCAGCCAGGCGGGAGGGGGGCCCUGAGGGUGGGGGGGACCUAAUGACCCUAUAGUGUCAGGAAAACGAGUUGUUUUUCCUGGAACUAUAGUGCUCCUUUAUUUUAUAAAACAAUUUGUUUAUACAUAAUACAGACUCUAUGAAUAAAAAAAACAAGUUUCAAUCCAAGCUCACACACUUCAUUUAUCAGUCUUAUAUAACUUCUCUUAUGUUUCAUAUGCAAUUAAGAAUAUACACUAACAAAACAUUUUCACAAUUCUCUUCUAGGCAUUUUGCCUGUAUUUGGACAGAAUACAAGCCCAGGAGAGACUGGGUCUACUUUAUAUGGACCCUUCAUCACUGCUUCCACUGGGACUGAUAAUACAGGAAGCUCUAUCACUACAUCAAAUAAUGAGUAUACUAUCUGUAUAGAAGUAAGAACCACCUCUGAAUCUGUUAGUACUACGAGACUUGUCACAUUAACUCAACCUGGAACUGGAACAGAUCUUUAUUCAAGUACAGGAAUCAGCUAUAUUACUGUAUCAUACAGCUCAACUAAUACCACUGGUGGAAUAGGAACCAAGAGCCCAACUGCCACCACUAUCAGUGUUGGAACUAUAGCAGAUCAUCAGUCUAAUACUCUUACCGAAUCACAUAGCCCAACCACCACCAGUGCCACUACUGGACUUGGUACUGGAACUGAAACCAGUUCUAUUGUUGACUCACAUAGCCUAACUGCCACAAAUCCCACUGCUGGAUCAGAUACUACAACUGAAAUAAGUAAUAGUACUGGGUCACAGAGCCAAACAACCAACGGAGCCACAUCUGUAGCUGGUACUAGAGCUGAGACCAGUACUGCUACUGAGUCACAUAGCCCAAAUGUCACAAUUACCACUGCUAAAACCAAUGCAGGAUCAGAAACCAGUGCAGUUACUGAGUCCCAGAGCCCAACUACAACUAGUAUUACUGCUGGACUUAGUACAACAGCUAAAACCAAUACUCUUACUGAGUUACAAAGCUCAACCACCACUAGCAUCACUGCUGGACCCGGCACUAUAGUUGAAACCAUUACUAAUACUGAGUUAUAUAGCCCGACCUCCAACAGUAUCACAUCUGGACCUGAUACUACAACUGAAACCAGUGCUACUACUGAGUUACAUAGCCCAAUUGCCACUAUUACCAAUGCUGGAUCUGGUUCUACAGCUGAAACCAAUACUCUUACUGAGUUACAAAGCUCAACCAUCACUAGCAUCACUGCUGGACCCGGCACUAUAGUUGAAACCAUUACAAAUACGGAGUUAUAUAGCCCAACCUCUAACAAUACCACAUCUGGACCUGAUACUACAAAUGAAACCAAUACUACUACUGAGUUACAUAGCCCGAUUGGCACUAUUACCACUGCUGGAUCUGGUACUAAAGCUGAAACCAGUAAUUUUACUGAGUUAUAUAGUUCAACAUCCACCAGUAAUCUUGCAGAAACUAAUGCAGGAUCAGAAACUAGUGCUGUUACCGAGUCCCAGAGCCCAACUUCAACUAGUAUCACUGCUGGUCUUAAUACAACAGCUGAAACCAAUACUAUUACUGAAUCACCUAGCCUAACCACCAUUGGCGCCACUGCUGGACCCGGCACUACAGCUGAAACCAUUACUAAUACUGAGUUUUAUAGCCCAACCACCACUAUCAGUACCACUGCUGGACCCAGCGCUAUAGCUGAAACUUUUACUAAUAUUGAGUUAUAUAGCCCGACCUACAACAAUACCACAUCUGUAGCUGGUAUUACAGCUAAAAUCAAUACUACUACUGAGUUACAAAGCCCAAUUGCCACAAACACCACAUCUGGAUCUGGUUCUAUAGCUGAAACCAGUAAUAUUACUGAGUUACAAAGCCAUACCACCACCAGCAACACUGCUGAAACUAAUGCAGGUUCAGAAACCAGUGCUGUUACUGAACCCCAGAGCCCAACUACAACUAGUAUUACUGCUGGACCUAAUACAACAGCUGAAACCAAUACUAUUACUGAAUCACCUAGCCUAACCACUAUUGGCGCCACUGCUGGACCCAGCACUACAACUGAAACAAGUAAUACCGGUGUUACUGAAUUACAAAGCCAUACCACCACCAGUAAUAUUGUUGAAACAAAUUCAGGAUCAGAAAACAGUGCUGUUACCGAGUCCCAGAACCCAACUACAACUAGUGUUACUGCUGGACUAAAUACAAUUGCUGAAACCAAUACUAUUACGGAAUCACCUAGCCUAGCCACCAAUGGAACCACUGCUGGACCCGGCACAGCAACCGAAACCAGUACUAAUACUGAGUUACAUAGCUUAAUUGCCACAAUUACCACUGCUGGAUCUGGUACUACAGUUGAAACCAGUAAUAUUACUGAGUUAUACAGUACUACCACCACCAGUAAUCUUGCAGAAACUAAUGCAGGAUCAGAAACCAGUGCUGUUACUGAGUCCCGGAGCCCAACUACAACUAGUAUCACUGAUGGAUUUAAUACAGCAGCUGAAACCAAUACUAUUACUGAAUUACCUAGCCUAACCACCACUGGCACCACUGCUGGAACCGGCACUACAACUGAAACAAGUAAUACCACUGUUACUGAAUUACAAAGCCAUACCACCACCAAUACCAUUGCUGAAACAAAUGCAGGAUCAGAAACGAGUGCUGUUACCGAGUCCCAGAUCCCAACUACAACUAGUAUCACUGAUGGGCUGAACACAACAGUGGAAACCAAUACUAUUACUGAAUUACCUAGCCUAACCACCAAUGACACCACUGCUGGACCCGGCACUACAAUCGAAUCUAUAACUGCUACUACAGCUGAAACCAGUGCUACUACUGAGUUACAUAGCCCAAUUGUCACAAUUACCACAGCUGAACCUGGUACUACAGUUGAAACCAAUAAUAUUACUGAGUCACAAAACCCAAUCACUAACAGCACUGCUGGAACCGGCACUACAACUGAAACAAGUAAUACCGGUGUUACUGAAUUACAAAGCCAUACCACCACCAGUAAUAUUGCUGAAACAAAUUCAGGAUCAGAAAACAGUGCUGUUACCGAGUCCCAGAACCCAACUACAACUAGUGUUACUGCUGGACUUAAUACAAUUGCUGAAACCAAUACUAUUACUGAAUCACCUAGCCUAGCCACCAAUGGAACCACUGCUGGACCCGGCACAGCAACCGAAACCAGUACUAAUACUGAGUUACAUAGCUUAAUUUCCACAAUUACCACUGCUGGAUCUGGUACUACAGUUGAAACCAGUAAUAUUACUGAGUUAUAUAGUACUACCACCACCAGUAAUCUUGCAGAAACUAAUGCAGGAUCAGAAACCAAUGCUGUUACGGAGUCCCAGAGCCCAACUACAACUAGUAUCACUGAUGGAUUUAAUACAACAGCUGAAACCAAUACUAUUACUGAAUUACGUAGCCUAACCACCACUGGCACCACUGCUGGAACCGGCACUACAACUGAAACAAGUAAUACCACUGUUACUGAAUUACAAAGCCAUACCACCACCAGUACCAUUGCUGAAACAAAUGCAGGAUCAGAAACCAGUGCUGUUACCGAGUCCCAGAGCCCAACUACAACUAGUAUCACUGAUGGGCUUAACACAACAGUGGAAACCAAUACUAUUACUGAAUUACCUAGCCUAACCACCAAUGGCACCACUGCUGGACCCGGCACUACAAUCGAAUCUAUAACUGAUACAACAACUGAAACCAGUGCUACUACUGAGUUACAUAGCCCAAUUGUCACAAUUACCACAGCUGAACCUGGUACUACAGUUGAAACCAAUAAUAUUACUGAGUCACAAAACCCAAUCACUAACAGCACUGCUGGAACCGGCACUACAACUGAAACAAGUAAUACCGGUGUUACUGAAUUACAAAGCCAUACCACCACCAGUAAUAUUGUUGAAACAAAUUCAGGAUCAGAAAACAGUGCUGUUAACGAGUCCCAGAACCCAACUACAACUAGUGUUACUGCUGGACUUAAUACAAUUGCUGAAACCAAUACUAUUACUGAAUCACCUAGCCUAGCCACCAAUGGAACCACUGCUGGACCCGGCACAGCAACCGAAACCAGUACUAAUACUGAGUUACAUAGCUUAAUUUCCACAAUUACCACUGCUGGAUCUGGUACUACAGUUGAAACCAGUAAUAUUACUGAGUUAUAUAGUACUACCACCACCAGUAAUCUUGCAGAAACUAAUGCAGGAUCAGAAACCAAUGCUGUUAUGGAGUCCCAGAGCCCAACUACAACUAGUAUCACUGAUGGAUUUAAUACAGCAGCUGAAACCAAUACUAUUACUGAAUUACGUAGCCUAACCACCACUGGCACCACUGCUGGAACCGGCACUACAACUGAAACAAGUAAUACCACUGUUACUGAAUUACAAAGCCAUACCACCACCAGUACCAUUGCUGAAACAAAUGCAGGAUCAGAAACCAGUGCUGUUACCAAGUCCCAGAGCCCAACUACAACUAGUAUCACUGAUGGGCUUAACACAACAGUGGAAACCAAUACUAUUACUGAAUUACCUAGCCUAACCACCAAUGGCACCACUGCUGGACCCGGCAAUACAAUCGAAUCUAUAACUGAUACAACAACUGAAACCAGUGCUACUACUGAGUUACAUAGCCCAAUUGCCACUAUUACCAAUGCUGGACCUGGUACUACAGUUGAAACUAAUACUAUUACUGAGUCACAAAACCCAAUCACUAACAGCACUGCUGCUGAAACGAAUACAGUAUCAGAAUCCAGUGCUGUUACUCAGUCACAGAGCAUAAAGGUCACCACUAUCACUACUGGACCGAAUACAAGAACUGAAGUUACUACUGAAUUACAUAGCUCAAAUACAACUAGUACCACUGUUGGACCUGGUACAAGAACUGAAAUCAGCACUUUUACUGAGUCACCUUUGUUAAAUACCACCAGUACUACUACUGGACUUUAUACAGGAACUGAAGGCAGUACUGUUACUGAAUCACAUGGACCAACUGACACCACUACUGGACCUAGCACAAGUUUUGUAACCAGUAUACCCCAUACAUAUACAUAUACCCCAUAUGAUGUCAAAACUAGUUCUAUUACUUACUCACGUAGCCCAACUGAUCCCAACACCGUUAUUAUAUGUUAUACUGCAACGAACGGCAAUUCUUCCCCGAGCACUUUGGUAGAUAUCUCUGCAAGUAACAUCACUAGCAGUGUGCCAGGAGCAGAUACGAGUAAUAUCACUAGCGGUGUGCCAGGAGCAGAUACAAGUAACAUCACUAGCAGUGUGCCAGGAGCAGAUACAAGUAUUAUCACUAGCAGUGUGCCAGGAGCAGAUACAAGUAACAUCACUAGCAGUGUGCCAGGAGCAGAUACAAGUAACAUCACUAGCAGUGUGCCAGGAGCAGAUACAAGUAUUAUCACUAGCAGUGUGCCAGGAGCAGAUACAAGUAAUAUCACUAGCAGUGUGCCAGGAGCAGAUACAAGUAAUGUCACUAGCAGUGUGCCAGAUAACAGUACCAGUCAGUCUACAACAUAUCAAGUUACCAACAGCACGUCUGUGCUUAAUAGCACUUUUAUAUCUACAACUCCUUCAACAUUUGGUGAGUAGUAACGCUAUUUUUUUAUACAUGUUCUAGGGUUUAUUUUGUAUUUUUUUUGUACAAAGCUCUUUUGUGGUUGUAUUUUUAUUUUACUCAAAACCAUGUUUUCCAUUUAGCCAACAAUGUAUUUAGUGUUUUCUGCUGUCCAAGACCCAAGCAGGUCUACCUCCCCCCUCACACACACACACUUUUCACUUGCACCUUACAAUAUAUUUUCAAGCUUUGUAUGUGUGUGCAAAUAAAAAAGUGUGUUUAUAAAUGUGUCCACAUACAUUUUAUGUGCAUUUGAUAUGUUUUGUUUAGAAAUGUAUGUGACAAACGCUAAUUACCCUGGACAUUUGUUAUGAACUCUUGGAGGAGUGUUGAAGUUGGUCUCCUGCCCACCGACUAUGGGCCAUAUAUAUGAUGUGACAAACUCCCUAUUUUUCCUGUGUUUAAGACAUUUCCCUGCCAAGUUUUCAUAUAUUAUGUUCCGAACCCCAUUCACGUUUUCCCCCAUUUAGGAGCUACAAUCUAUCGAACACUGGCCACCUCAUGGCUCAUUAAAGGACCACCACAGUGCCAGGAAAACAUACUAAUUUUCCUGGUACUAUAGUGCCCUGAGGAUGCCCCCACCCUCAGAGUACCACUCCCGCCGGGCUCUGGAGGGAGGAAGGGGUUAAUGUCUUACCUUUUGCAUCCCAAUAUUAACAAAAUACCUGCCACAGGGCCGCUCCUCCAAGCUCCUUUUCUAGGCCAAGUGUAAAAUACUCCCCACAUGUAGCAUUUAGUGCUCGCACUGCCUGUUGAUAUCAGAGGAUGGGUGAGUUAGUAUUGUCAAUAGAAGACAUGCGCGAUUUAUCAAGGUAUUCCAGCAUCUAAGAUAUACAUCUUAUACACUUCCUGCCAAAAGUCAACGCUUAUGUGGCACUUCGCUGGCGUUAGUAUAUCCCAAACCCUCAAACACAGACAGUAUGUAUAAUACAUGACAGCUUUCAUAGUUACAUAGUUACAUAGCUGAAAAGAGACUUGCGUCCAUCAAGUUCAGCCUUCCUCACAUUUGUUUUUGCUGGCAAAAAUCCUAGUCUGAAGCAUUUCCAAUUUUGCAACAAACUAGGAACAACUUGACCCCAAAAUAGCAGUCAGAUGUCUCCUUGCAGCUAUUACCCCACUAAUUAGAAAUUACACCCCUGUAUGUUAUGUUUUUGCAAGUAUUUAUCCAAUUGCAGUUUAAACAUCUGUAUGGACUCUGACAAAACCACCUCUUCAGGCAGAGAAUUCCAUAUCAUCAUUGCUCUUACUGUAAAAACAACCCUUUUCUUUGCCUUAGAUGAAAUCUCCUUUCUUCCAGCCUAAAUGUGUGACCUCGUGUCCUAUGUAUAGCCCUGUUUAUGAAUAGAUUUCCAGAUAAAGGUUUGUACUGGCCCCGAAUAUAUUUGUAUAAUGUUAUCAUAUCCCCUCUCAGGCGCCGUUUUUCCAAACUAAACCUGUCUUCAUAACUAAAAUGCUCCAUUCCUUUUAUCAAUUUUGUAGUUCGUCUCUGCACUUUUUCUAGUGCCAUGAUAUCUUCCUUUAGAACAGGUGCCCAAAAUUGCACAGCAUAUACACCUAGCAAACAUUUAAAUGGAUAAAGAGUAAAGCAGAAAAGAGUAAAGUCAUAAAUGACCCAGAUUUUGAGUUACAGCUUCAAUUGAUCACUUUUUCUUUUUAUAACAGCAAGAAGGAAAUAAGCAGAUGUUUUUUGUAAAUAUAUAUAUAUUUGGCAAUGUAAUAAAUGCAAUGUUUAUUUUAUUUUUUUAGAUUUCACCAAACCAAGCCUUGUACUGAGAUUCAGGAUGCAAAGUUCCCAACAACUUGGAAUUGCAAUAUCUGAUCUUAUGCUACAGGUAACCGAGGACCCAUAACAGUAUGCUUCCAUAUCAUCUCUAUAGGGGAGUGGGUGGUGAACCCUUAAUGGGCCCUGAGUGCUUAGAAAAAAAUGAGUUUAAUCACAACGUACAGGGUGUGUUACAAAAGGUUUAUUAUAUAAUUUUAUUAUCGUUGAAUACUUGUUAACGUUUCAGAAUGAGUUGCCAUACUUUAUUUCAGUUACUGUCUAAAGACUUUAAGAAUCACUACUUUAAGGUUACUUGUGAAUGAAGAAAUGCAUACUGCAGGGCUGUAAUAAAUGGAAUGUACACUCUUGUAUAUGUUUCUGAGUAUUUCUGGCUAAAAGUGAGGUAGCAACCCAACAUCCAUAGAACAGUGGGAUUAGAGACUUAUCCUAUUGGGGAGCUUUACUAAAGUUCAAUUGACCUUGUAUUGCAUAACCAUCCGGCUGUGUGUGGGGCCAUUCAGACUGCAAAAUCCAGACACUGUUUGUGCAAUUCAACAACUUCUGGAGUUUGUAAUUCAGGACCCAAACAGACAAAAUGCUGUAAAUUCGGGACUUGAUUCUAAAAAAGGAAUCUGAACAAUAUUAUGGCUGGUCGGCACUCCAUAAUAAAAAAGUUGAAAAUAAAUGAAUAAACAAAAGUUUAUAGGGGUUAAUAACUGCAGCAGAUGGGGGGGCACAUCCAAUAACAUGUUAAAAUUAGCGAUUGAGCACCCAUAUGUGGGAAUAUGUGUUCAAAUAAAGGAGGACAUCCUUAUGUCCUGUCCCCAAUCAACUUAAAGAAGUACGUUGACACGAAAAAAGUUUUUGUUUUCACCCCCUGUGGAAUUUUCAUGGAGCUUGUGGGAGUCUAAUCUGCCUCUCUUCUUUUGAAUUGAAGAAUAAAAAUUAGACAUAUUAAAAAAGCAAAUGUUUGUUUUUAAAGAAAACAGUACCUUAUGAAGAAACAAAACCUCUAUUGCGAGCUAUAAUAAUAGUGAUUUUGUCAGACAGAAUGUCCCUUUAAUUUUGACCAAUUGAAUUUCUCAUACUUUUGAAAUAGUCUUGCAUUCAAAUGUAGGUGUUUGCCCCCACUUGGUCUUGACACAGAAAAUACAAUCAACCCUAUCUUCUGGUAUUUUCACAAUUCAUUACAUAGAUUUAUUUUGAAGGGGUCUCUAUAUGAAUAUUUUUUAUACGACCUUUUUAUUUUUUUCAGGUCAAGCCUUUGCCACCGUCGAUGGUAACUCUGCUUUAGUCAGGUCUAUGGCAGGUUAAAAUAUAACUUUCCAUCUCCCCUAGUCUUUGAAUUUAUAGACCCUAAUGUUUAAGUACACAUUUGGUCUAAUGGCACAGUGUCUUUGUAAUUCUCUGUUGUAGUGCCGAGGAUAUUGUAAACUAAUGUAUAGCAAGAUGUCCUAGCAGCUGGCACUGUUACAAGGAAACUCUGCAGAGGUGACCCUUUCUGUCCAAAACAUCUGAAACAUGUCAAAACUGCAAUAUGAGUAAAAUAAUGUUAAAGGACCACUCUAGGCACCCAGACCACUUCAGCUUAAUGAAGUGGUCUGGGUGCCAGGUCCAGCUAGGGUUAACCCAUUUUUUCAUAGGAAAGCAUUAUGAAUGCUUUCCUAUGUGACCGGCUGAAUGCGCGCGCAGCUCUUGCCGCGAGUGCGCAUUCAGCCGACAGGGAGGAGAAGAGGAGGAUCGGAGGAGGAGAGCUCCCCGCCCAGCGCUGGAAAAAGGUAAGUUUUAACCCCUUUCCCCUUUCCAGAGCCGGGCGGGAGGGAGUCCCUGAGGGUGGGGGCACCCUCAGGGCACUAUAGUGCCAGGAAAACGAGUAUGUUUUCCUGGCACUAUAGUGGUCCUUUAACACUAGAAUGUUUAAGCCAUGUUACAUGCGUUCAAACCAUGAUGCUGUGUCAUCAUGUUCAGAUCUACUCUAUAGCUCCCCAUCUAAAGGUGGACCUGUCUCAUCUUACCUUUGUCCUCUGAAAGAUGGAAUUUGUCCCAACAGAAAUAAAACAUGAAAGGUUGAACAUGCCUUCUUUUAGCUGUUUUUUUCCCAGUCAUUGUUAUAUAUAUAUUAUAUAGAAUACAUACAUGUUAUAUAUAUGCUACUACGCAAUAGAAGAGAUCUGAUGGUAGAAACCUAAAGUACAAAUAGCAACCAAGAGUAAUUGCACAGAACCUGUCCAUCUAAUGUUACCUCUUGGUUGCAGACAUUCGAUAAAGAGACUGAUAGAAACCUAGCAUUUUAUUAUUAUUAUGAUAUUUAUAGAGCACCGUCAAAUUCCGCAGCGAUUUACAAUGGGUGGACGAACAUCACUCUCGUAAAAACUUGUACAAAUCAACCACUGUAACUACCAGCAAGACAUGGUUUGUUUUUGUUUCAAUAUUCUGGAUUAGUAGGUUAGCCUUGUAUAAACAUUGCAAGGUGGAACGAAAAACAACGAUGACUUCAUAAGCAGCAAUAUAUAUUCUGCCUGUGAAAUCCCCAAAUUAUGAAAGAAACCAUUCUAAAUCCGGAAAUGGGGAUGAAAUUACUUAUUUAUAAACUGCCUUGCCAGGAAGAAUAUUUUUAUCAUUCAGUGAGGCAUAAGGAAACUGUAGUCUGUCUCCAAACAGUCUUCAGAACCAGCAGAAGGACUAAUGAACAAAGGACCCAGCAAGACGCAACGAGAUAUAACGAUAAUGUUUUUAUCCUGUGAAGAUGUUCUCCAUACAGCCAGUGCAAUUCAUCAUCUUGUAAUAUUUCCAUGAAGUGGAUAAAAAUCAAAUGCUGAAUAAAAAAAAAAACAAAAAAACAUGUACUGCUUUUACUGUUUGGUCAACAUCCAAGGUUCAAGGCCUCCAGUGUACGAAGUAGGAGAAAUAAAACAAUUUGAGGCAAAUUCAAGGCAGGAGCAAAACACACAAUUGUAAUUUAAGAGGCAACAAGUUUUUAAAAACAAACUGCUGACAUUGAAGUACUGAUGUCUAGCCACAAAUUAUUUCUGUGAGGUCAACAAAACACAGUAUUGGAAUAUAGCAUACAAAGUGUAGGAAUGAGACAGGGUCUGUUUUACUUGUGGGUUUAUUAAAAUUAUUUUUAUUUUAUUAUUUGCAGAUGUGUGCUAUUUCUCGACUUAACUUUGCAGGGUCCACCCUGCUCUACUGGAGAGAGGAAGGUGCAUAUCUGGACUGUAAGAAUAAAUAUUCCUGAAUUUCAUCAUGAAUUUUGACCAUGUGUAAAGGCUCUUCUUCCAAUCCCGAUUUGAUUUCUCUUCAUGAACUUCUAUGUCUAAAGAAUAAAUUAUUUUUAAUUCAAACAUGAUAUGUGUUUCUGAAUCAAUGGAUGCUUAUAAGGUAUGGGCUAGACAAAGGAACAAGGCGGCAAAACUCAAAGUCAGCUGAUCAUCAAAGAAUCGGAAGAAAUUAAAAACUGAUUAAGCCAAAUUGUAAAAAUGAGAAUUGUUAGAUAAAUAAUAUGUCCAUUCGAAGGAAAAAAAUCAAAAUUCAUGGGAAAAAAAUAGCACAUUGCUCUGUAAGCUGGCAACAGGCAAUGUCAAAUAAUUCA